CUACCUCAUUUUCUAGGGUUUGCGGCAACUAACGUCCAUCCCUGUACACUCUCUCCCAUUAACGACCUUAAAAUUGAAUUGUUUUAGAGAGAGAGUGUCUUUGAUUGUUUUAGAGAGGGAGAGCGUGUCUGUGUGCGUUUGUUUGAGAGAGUGUGUGUGUGAGUGUGUGUUUUAGAGGGAGAUGCCAACGUACAAGAUUAGGGGAAUCCAUGUGGAUUUUCCGUUCGAGGCCUACGAUUGCCAGCUCGUGUACAUGGAAAAAGUGAUCCAAUCUCUACAAGACAGAUGUAAUGCGCUAUUGGAGAGUCCCACUGGGACUGGAAAAACCUUGUGUCUUCUUUGUGCUACUUUGGCUUGGAGGAAGAGUUUGGGAGAUUUCUCAACUUCUAGGAAUGGAAGAAGAGGUUAUGCAGGAAGCGAGCAUUUAGGGGAAUCAUCGUCACAAUCUGAAUCCUCAAAUUUACCCUCUAUUAUAUACACAUCACGCACUCACAGCCAGCUUAGGCAAGUGAUUCAAGAGUUAAAAAGAACCAAUUACAGGCCCAAAAUGGUAGUGUUAGGAUCUCGUGAGCAAUUAUGCAUUCAUGAAGAAGUGAGUUUGCUUCGUGGAAGAACACAAACAAAUGCCUGCCAUUCCCUCUGUAGAAAGCGCAAAAAGCGUUAUUGUGCCCAUUAUCCUCGUGUAGCAGAAUUCAUGAAGAAAAAUCCUGGUCUUGGAGAUGAACCUAUUGACAUAGAGGAGUUGGUCAAUAUUGGAAGAAGCUGUGGACCGUGCCCUUAUUAUGUGUCGCGAGAGCUCCACAAAGACGCUGACAUCUUAUUUGCACCUUACAACUAUCUUAUUGAUCGUGGGAACCGAAAAUCUCUCACCAUUGGGUGGAACAACAGUAUACUUAUAUUUGAUGAAGCUCACAACUUGGAAAGCUUAUGUGCUGAUGCAGCCUCUUUUGACCUGUCCUCUGGGCUUUUGAAUGCUUGCAUUUCUGAAGCCAAAAAUUGUAUGGAUCUUUCUAUUGGAAGGAGGGAAAAAUCAAAUGAUCAAUCAAGCAAACCAGAUAAUUUUGCCAUUCUUAGAGCACUUCUUUUGAAACUUGAGAAGCGGAUUGCUGAAGUGCCUAUUGAAUCCAAAGAAUUUGGUUUUACCAAGCCUGGGCCUUACAUUUAUGAACUACUCGCUGAUCUAAAUAUCACAGAUAAAACAGCCACUAUGCUCAUAGAUAUAAUUGAGGAAGCAACUUUGCUUCUUGAGGAAGAUUUAAGUGCCACCGAUAGUGGAGUGCCAGACAAGACAAAAAUUUGCAGGCUGGAAAGCAUGGGUGACAUUCUUAAAAUAAUCUUCAAAGAUGAUGAUACUGCUCAUGCCAAGUACUAUCGUGUACACAUACAGGAAGUUGAGGCCAGUGCUACAGCUGUUUUUAAUGGUAAGGCAUCUAGAACGCUCAGCUGGUGGUGUUUUAAUCCAGGACUUGCCAUGGAAGAAUUCUCCAGGUUGGGUGUUGGAUCUAUUAUUUUGACAUCUGGCACAUUAUCUCCUAUGGAUUCAUUUGCUCAGGAAUUUAAGUUAGAAUUUCCUGUCCGUUUAGAGAAUCCUCAUGUCAUAUCAGCGAAUCAGAUAUGGGCUGGAGUUGUGCCAGCUGGUCCAUCGGGUUUCUCUUUCAACUCCUCCUAUCGGAAUCGAGAUACUCUAGAAUACAAGCUGGAGCUUGGGAAUGCUAUUGUCAAUUUUGCUCGAAUCAUACCAGAUGGGCUGCUCGUAUUUUUCCCAUCUUACUACCUUCUAGACCAGUGCAUUGGAUGCUGGAAGAAUAUGAGUCAUGCAAACUCGACGAACUCUAGUACAAUCUGGGAGAGAAUCUGCAAACAUAAGCAACCUGUUGUGGAACCUAGACAGUCUUCACUUUUUCCUUUGUCAAUUGAGGACUACAUGACUAAGUUGAAGGACACCUCCACUUCUGGUGCUGUAUUUUUUGCAGUUUGUCGUGGCAAGGUAAGUGAAGGAUUAGAUUUUCCUGACCAUGCUGGAAGAGCUGUGGUGAUCACCGGUUUGCCGUUUGCAACAAGGACUGAUCCAAAGGUUCGUCUGAAACGUGAAUACAUGGAUCAACACAUACAGUCACAACAGAUGGGAUGCAAGGUUCUGACUGGAGAAGAGUGGUAUAGUCAACAAGCAUCACGGGCUGUGAAUCAAGCUGUUGGUCGUGUCAUUCGUCAUCUCCAUGAUUAUGGAGCAAUUAUAUUCUGCGAUGAAAGGUUUGAGCAUCCAAACCGUCAGUCCCAAAUAUCGCUUUGGAUACGGCCUCAUAUCAAGUGUUACUCCAAAUUUGGGGAUGUAGUUUUCACAUUGACCCGUUUUUUUCGAGAUGAAGGAAUUCGUGGUCCUACGAAGCUGGAAUUAGUAGGAGCUGAAGAUCAGGGAAAUGUGAAUAGGUUGAGAAGUGCCCAGCCUCUGGAGAAACUUCACCUGGAAAAAUUUCUUGCCCCUCUGACCACACCAGUGGAUCCGAAUCGCUCAGAUAAGCUAUCUUCUGCAUAUGUGGUUAAACAAGGCAACAUUUCUGGGCAAUUGGGAAAUAUUCUUCCCGCUAAUCGUUCAUCUCUGACUUCUUACAAGCAAAAUCAGAACUCAACCUUGAGAUGUUCAAAUGAUCUGCUAUGCAGUGAGAAAAAAAUGUUAAUUACCGGCAAGCGAAGUAUGCAAUAUAACAAUUGCAAGAUAGUUGAUUUGACCAGUGAUUCUACGUUGGAUGAAAAACCAAGUAAAGAACUGAUUCUGCCUUGUUGUAAGAAGCCUAAAGGAUUAAAAAUAGAGCCUGAUUUAACACAACAAUUUGAAAAUUAUCAUAAGCAUCCAUCCAUUGCCAAUAAGGCAAUACAAAUCUGCCCUUCUCUCGUUACUGAUACAGUAAGGCAUGAGAAAUCGCGGGUCUCUGAUAAUAGUACCUUGCAGAAUGCUCAAAUUGCUUCAGCAGAGCUGCUUGACUAUGAGAUGAAUGUACACAAGAAGACUACCGAGUCUCUCAGUCAGAAAAACAAGGGUAUCCAAUCUAGUUCUGUUCCUUCUGGCGAUGAAGAAAGAAGAGGAUCUGCUUUUCUGAUCCAGGUUCAAGGGAAGCUUACUGAUGCUGAAUAUAAAGAAUUUGUGGGUUUUAUGAAGGCGCUUAGGUCUAAGGCAAUGAAGAUAGGUCAUGUUUUACAAUCCAUUGCCAGACUAUUCUCUUCUCCAGAUAGGCUCUAUCUUUUUCAAAGAUUCAAGGAUUAUAUCCCUGCAAAAUAUCAUUCUUUAUAUGAGCAGUAUCUUAAAACAAUUGAAGAUGCAGCUGAUGUGAAUCAUAAAUCAUUGGAGAGGCUCAAUAACUCUGAGACAAACUCGCCUGACACUCCUAAAGGAUCCUCUACGUGUGGUUGAUCGUGGCAUCUGAGUGGUGAUGUUUGAACAGAAAAUCUUUAAUUCGUGCUUUCAAGAAAAAAUAAAUAAAAAGGAAAAGGAAAAACAAAUUGCAACCUCGACAUGAUAGUUUAUUUGGUUUAAUUUAAUUUAAACUGCGAAGGAGGCUUGAGAAACAUUUCUUGCCUUGUGCUAUGAGACGCUGCCAGUGCGUUUUACAAAUAUGAAGUUUUUGCUUGAAAUUGAAGUUGCCCCCUACUAACAAGUAGAUAGAAUUUACGUAUGUAGCCGAGAAAGAUGUAAAGCAAGCCCUUACCUUCAGCUUUCUCAGCAUUCUUGCUGCAAGAGACUUUUAGCCUUCCAUAACUUUACGAGAAAGGAGCGAAGUAAUGCUGAAGACGAUUGAGCUCAAUCUAAGAAUGGCAAUGGCAGUGGCAAUCGAAGGUGCCCCUCUUGUAGUGUUAUGUAACAGGAGCUAAAAGUUUAGCAUGCUUUCUUAUAAAUUCUGAUAAAGAAUUUGUGGAUCCAGAAUUCAUUUGUUUCUUUUGUCUUGUAAAUAGGUUUUACUUACUGCAGUAAUUAUUUAAACAAGAUAUUUGAUUCUUUCGGCUAACGGUCUUCGGAUACCAGAAGUGAAAAGUGAAAAUUUAACGGUUGUAUAA